UCUCUCUCUCUCUCUCUCUCUCUCUCUCUCUCUCUCUAGCUAGCUGAAAAUGGCGAACUCGAGAACUGUUCUCAUCUUAUGCGGUGACUACAUGGAAGACUACGAGGUGAUGGUCCCGUUCCAGGCCUUGCAAGCUUUCGGUGUCUCAGUCCAUACCGUCUGCCCCGGCAAAAAGUCCGGUGACUCUUGCCCCACCGCUGUUCACGAUUUCUGUGGUCACCAGGUCUCUCUCUCUCUCUCUCUCUCGAUCUCUUUGACUUAGUUUGAUUUGAUCUUGGUAGAUUAUUUCUCUGAUUAGACCACCACUUGCAGACCUAUUCCGAGUCGCGAGGUCACAAUUUCACUCUAAACGCAACGUUUGAUGAAGUUGACAUCAGAAAAUACGAUGGAUUGGUUAUACCAGGAGGACGUGCUCCUGAAUACUUAGCCAUGAAUGCAUCUGUUGUUGAGUUGGUUAAAAACUUUUCAAGCACUGGGAAGCCUAUAGCCUCUAUUUGCCACGGGCAGUUGAUACUAGCAGCUGCUGACACAGUUAACGGUCGAAACUGCACAGCUUAUGCAACCGUUGGACCUGCUCUUAUCGAUGCAGGUGCCAAGUGGGUGGAACCAACAACUCCUGAUGUAUGUGUUGUUGAUGGUAGUUUGAUUACUGCUGCUACUUAUGAGGGACAUCCUGAGUUUAUCCAGCUUUUUGUCAAGGCACUAGGUGGUAAAAUAACUGGAGCAAAUAAAAAAAUCUUGUUUCUUUGUGGGGAUUAUAUGGAAGACUAUGAAGUCAAAGUCCCGUUUCAGUCUCUUCAAGCUUUGGGCUGUGAAGUUGAUGCGGUUUGUCCGGAGAAGAAGGCUGGUGAUCGUUGCCCAACGGCAAUCCAUGACUUUGAGGGUGACCAGACUUACAGUGAAAAACCAGGACACACUUUUGCUUUGACUGCUACUUUUGAUGGACUUGAUUCAUCCGGUUAUGAUGCGCUGGUCAUUCCAGGAGGCAGAGCUCCAGAAUAUCUGGCCUUGAACGGACGGGUUCUUAACGUAGUUAAAGAGUUUAUGAGUUCUGGGAAACCAGUUGCAUCUAUCUGCCACGGACAACAGAUCUUAGCUGCUGCUGGUGUCCUAAAGGGAAGGAAAUGCACUGCUUAUCCAGCAGUGAAACUGAAUGUGGUACUUGGAGGAGGAACUUGGUUAGAACCAGAUCCAAUCCACAGAUGCUUCACUGACGGGAAUCUGGUAACUGGUGCAGCAUGGCCAGGACACCCAGAGUUUGUCUCACAGCUAAUGGUUUUGUUGGGCGUUCAGGUUUCAUUCUAG